ACCGUUCUGCGGAGACACCUUCCUACUUCUUGGUGUGAAGUUGAAGGGGGCACCGCAUGAAUUACUGUCACAAAACACAAGCAAGAGACUAGAGGACAACUUCGGGAAAUGGCUCAAGAGGACCAGAGUGAGACGUUACAACAAACAGCAGCCAGUGAUGAAGAGAAGGGGACAGAAAACCAGGCCUCUCCCUCUGUCAUUGAGAUUCAUGACUCAAUGACUGAAUGUGAGGAAGAAGCGAGGCCCAAUCUAGUGCUGAUAGAGGAGAAGGUUUUUGUAUCACGUCUGCACUCUUUUAUGAAGGACAGAGGUACACCCAUAGAAAGGAUCCCACACCUGGGCUUCAAGCAGAUUAAUCUUUGGAGGAUCCACAAAGCUGUUGAGAAACUUGGGGGUUAUGAUUCAGUGACGGCGCGACGUCUUUGGAAGAAAGUGUAUGAUGAGCUGGGAGGAAGUCCAGGUAGCACCAGUGCUGCUACUUGCACUCGCAGACACUAUGAGAAGCUUGUGCUGCCCUUUGAAAGACACAUAAAAGGAGAGGAGGACAAACCUCUGCCUCCAAGCAAACCACGGAAGCCAUAUAAGAGAAAUUUGGACAGCAAGGUCACAAAGACUGAGAAGAAGAGGAAAAGGACUCCGUCAGAUAGAGAGAUGGAUUCUGAGAUACUUGUGCAGAGAAGUCCAGAGGCUGCUUGCCAAAGUGAAGCAGUGAUGCAUCCUCACCCUGCACUCUGGGCUGCUACCUCUGAUAGGCACUCUCAGCCAAACAGAACCACCACCAAUCUUUGCACCUCUGUCUAUGCCCGCCUUGUCCAGGUCCCCACAUCCAGCCCCUGGAGUGCUCAUAUCCCACCCGCUGCUGGAGAGGUCAUAUCUCCUCUGGAGAAAAAAAAGCGAAUGGCUCAGGCCAGCCUUAACUUUCCCCUGAGUCCUCAUAGCGAAGAUAAAGAAAGGCCUUCCGUCAUUCAGUGCUCCCAGUCUCCGGCCCGGGCUUCUUCCAGCCAGAACUGCAACUCCUCUGAUGGCUCCCCACUCCCUUUAUCCUCUUCCUCUUCCUGCUCCCGCAGCCCUUCCCCUUGCUCUGUUUCAUCAGAGGACGGUCCAGCAGGGAAUGAAGAUAAACCUGCAUUAGGUUCUGAACUAUCCCAAAACUGUUCCAGCUCUGUGAAAAAUACAUCUGUCUGUAGUGAGGAAAGCAAGUCUGUGAGCUGUAAUCAGAUAUCCAAAGACCACGCAGGACAGAAUAAAGACAUUUCUCAUGCCAGCUCCCAAUCAGCAGACUUGAUCAAGGUCCAGAUUAAAGACACUGCCUGCAAGCCAAACCACAGAGAGAGUGGCAAAUAUUUCCCCCAACCUUUCCACUCAUCCUCCUCAUUCACUGUGAAAUCUGACUGGGCUCCAACAUCUACCUCUAGUUUCACCAAAGUUAUUCCAAAACCAGUGCAGCUUCUGCGGCCCGCUCCUAUUCGGCCAGGUUAUAAAAUCCACCAGGGUAGGUUGAUGCAGCAGGACAACUCUCUGACUUGUGCGAAGAAGCUGAACAACAUAUCUCCGUGGCUUAAUCAGACAGAGAAGAGGGAGAAAUCCAGGACAAUGCUACAAAAAGUUCCUCCCACUCAGCAGAGUCUGUCCCAUUCCACUGCCAGCCUGCCGGUGUCGUGCUAUGACAAGUCAGGGAGAGACUCUCGGCACCAAACUCCAUUACACCCUGCAUUUCUACCCAGCAGAAUGAGACUACCUCAAUCUCAGCUAAUAUACCGUCAUGUCCCAUUGGUUCCAGCUCAUUCUGCUCUCAUCGGGUCUGCUGUUUACCCAUAUCCCUACUCCAUUCCCCUGUUCAAUCCCCAAACUGGAUAUACUCUACCUGCCAUGAAUCCCAUUUAUCCUCACAAACUGUGAUUCUUUGUAUUUCAAUUCCAGACUUCGAUAAGACAAAACAAAAAAUAUGUAGUUAAAGUGGCGAUGCCUCACUUGUGUUUUAAACAUAGCAUGUGUAUGCACAUGACACACAAAUAUUUAGGUUCUGUCUGGGAAACGUGCUACUGUAUAAUUUGCUGACUGCCUGUGUUGACCUUCUGUAAACAAAACAAAACUACACUGAAGGGAAAUGAAGUCACAGCAGUGAUGGAGAGAUAUUUAUAGGAUCACAGUGAAACAGCUUGAAUCAUCCAAGUACAACAAAUCGGUACGUUAUUUUUAUAACUCACAGCAGAACUGUGCAAAAUGUACUCUUGAAAUGUAUUACGUUUUAUAGCUGUAGUUAAAAUGUUAAGCCAUGUGUGCUACACUGGUGCCUACUGAUAACCUGUAACAUGUCCAUUUGUAAAGUGAUACAAUGUGUAUUAUUUACCCAAGAUAAAAAAUAAUAAAAUUCUUGUACAUUUACAUGUACUGGGAAAAUAAAUAUAAAAAUGUUGAUAGACAGUUGAAAUAAGUGAAGUUACAGAUAAAAUCAAAUUCUUGCACAAUUUGUUCUCACUUGCACAAUUGCAAUGCUUUGUGGUGAAAGAACAAUCUUACUGUACUGUAUUGUAAAGUCCGAUGAACACAAUGUACUGUGUAAAUGUACCAUAUGUCAGUGUUAAAUAUUAUCAAAGUUAUUAUAUGCAGAUUGCAUUGUCAUUCAAAUGUAUUUAAGCAGAGGGUACG